AUGAAUCUCCUGGUGGAACUUGAAGGAAAAAGUUUUGUGCGUCCGUGUUUUUUCCUUGACCGCUGUGACGUCAUCAUCGUGGGAACGCACAAGGAGGGCGGAGCCUCCACCUUCUGGUCCUACGCCCUCAACCUGCCUCUGUCCAGCAGCUCCAUCACCAGCUGGAAGUUCUGCUACCUGCUGCACAAAGUGCUGCGGGACGGACACCGGAACACCGUCAGAGAUUCUCACCGAUACUGCAGGAACGUUAAAGACAUGGGCGUUCUCUGGGGAAACCUGCACGACCGAUACGGACACAUCGUCGCCUUGUCCGCCAAGUUCCUCGUCCUCAAAAUGGAAUUCCACGCAAAGCACAAGAUGAUCCCAGGCAACCUGGAGACCGCCGACGAGACUCUGGACAAGGAAACGGGAAACGGCGUGACCGAGUUGUUGGACAUGACGCAGGAACUCAUGGAUUACUGGGACGCCGGGCUGAAGAUGGAGGACACGGUUCUGCGUCAGCUGGACGCCAACGGAGCCAAAGCGACGACCGCCGCCGGCCUGUGCCGCCUGACCCCUCUGAUCCCGCUCAUCCUGGACUGCAGCUUCCUCUACCACUUCUCCGUGCUGCUGAUGUUCAAGCUGCACGGCCGCCUUGCUCCGGAUGUUCUUCUUGGACACCGAGAGCGGUUCCGUGACCUGUUCACCAGCCUCGCUCAGUUCUUCGACCGAGCCAGAGAAAUGGAGUUCUUUAAAAGUAUCAUCCAGAUCCCAGAUCUCCCCGAUGCUCCUCCCAACUUCCUCCGCGCCGCUGCUUUGGGUGAAUACAAGAAGCCGGUGGUGCUGAUGGCCAACGAGGGGCGGCACACCGAAGAGGAGGUGGAGACGCACCCGGAGUACUAUCUGCUCAACCAAAUGGGGUCACCUGACGCGUCGGUGGAGCAGCGGGGGACCGAGAACCAGAGUCUGAAGAGGGAGCUGGAGGUGCUCAGGCCGGAGCUGCAGCUCCUCAAGGCCGAGGCCCAGAGGUGCGUCACCGAGUUGAGGGCUCAGGUGGAUCACCUGGAGGCCGAGGUCGAGGAGCAGCGCGGCCACAAGCAGGUGGCCAUGCUGGAGAAGGAACACCUGCGGACGGAGGUGGAAGCUCUGCGCAGCGCCAACGCCGCCAACGCCGGGGCUCAGAUCGGCUUCAGGGAGGCGGACCACCGCGCUCAGGAGGCGGAGCUUCGCUUCACUCAACUCAAAGAGCGCCACGCAGAGCUGAUCACCAGCCACGCCAACCUGAUGAAGACGAACGCAGAAACAGGGAAGCGGCUCUCGGGUGCAAAACAAGGUCAAGACGACUGGCUGAGAAACAAACAGCAGCUGGAGAACGAGCUGGAAAAUGUCCGCCAGGAGAGAAGAAACGCGGUGGAUCAGCAGCAGCAGGAGCUCCAGCGCCUGAACAAAGAACUGCUGGAGCAAAGGGCCGAGUCGGCUCACCUUCGCAGCGCUCUGGACAACAAAGUGAUGGAGGGCUCUCAGGCGAGCGGCCGCCUGGCGGCGCUGCAGGCGGAGCGCGACGCGCUGCUGCGCUCGGCCAGAGGGGGCGACGCGGAGCUGUCCUCCCUGAGGCUGCAGGCCCAGCAGGCCCAGCAGCACCGGGGCUCCCUGGACCAGGAGAGGGACCGGCUCCUCCAGGAGCUGGAGGCUCUGAGAGCCCAGCUGCAGCAGCAGCUGCUCAUCAACGCGGAGCAGAAGCUGGAGAUCGACCGGCUGAGGCGAGAGCUGGACGCCACCCGGGCGGAGCUGCACCGCGCGGCCGGCGCCCUGCAGAGCCAAGAGCUGAGCGGCACCCAGCUGAGCAGCUCUCUAGCCGGGCUGCAGGCCGAGAGGGAGGCGCUGCUGCGCUCCGCGAGGGACCAGGAGGCGGAGCUUAACUCCCUCAGGCAGCAAGCGCAGCUCCACCAGAGCUCCCUGGAGGAGGAGAGGCAGAGGAGCAGCCUGGAGCUGGGAAGCCUCCACACCCAGCUGCAGCAACAGGCCUGCCGUGGAGAAGAGCUUUCCCAGAAGCUGAAGGAGGAGCAGUUCUGCCUGCUGCAGUGUGCGGUGGUGGAGGCCGAGGGCAUCAUACUGGACGCUGUGGCCAAACUGGACGACCCCGUGCACGUCCUCUGCACCAGCUCACCGGAUUAUUUGGUGAAUCGAGCUGAAAUCACUCUGAGCGCCAUCGACAAGAUGCAGCAGAGCCACGUGGUGUACCUGGGGAACACGGACGAUGCCAGCGGUCUGUUGAGGGCCGUCACUCAGUUCUCUCAUCUCACCGCCGACACCAUCGUGAACGGAUCGGCGGCGUCUCACUCGGCGCCCACGGACCAGGCCGACCGUUUGACGGACAGCUGUCGUGAUUGUGCGAAUCACUGCCUCCAGUACCUGAAGGAUCUGAAGCUUCAGGCCACUUUACCGAGAGCAGAUCCCUCCGCCGUGCGCUUCACCGUCCAGCGCAUCCUCGCUCUGGGACAGGAUCUGCGUCCGAAAGGACGGGACGUUCUCAAAGAGGAGCUCGGCGCCAUGGUGGACAAGGAGAUGAUCGCCACGGCGACGGCCAUCGAAGAGGCGGUGCUGCGAAUGGACGAGAUUCUGAAUCAGACGAGGAGAGAAACUUCUGGCGUCCAGCUGGAGGUCAACCAGAGCAUCCUGGGAUCCUGUUCGGACCUGAUGAAGGCCGUUCACAUGCUGGUGACGGCGUCCACCGACCUGCAGAAAGACAUCGUGGAAGGAGGCAGGGGAGCGGCGUCCGUCACGGACUUUUAUGCCAAAAACUCUCGCUGGACCGAAGGCCUCAUCUCCGCCUCCAAAGCCGUGGGCUGGGGCGCCACUCAGCUGCUAGACUCGGCCGACCGCGUUGUGGGCGAAGACGGAGCGUACGAGGAGCUCAUCGCCUGUUCUCACGAGAUCGCGGCGAGCACGGCUCAUCUCGUCGCCGCCUCGAAGGUGAAGGCCGACCGCGGCAACAAGAAGCUGCAGACCCUGAAGCAGGCCUCGCGUCACGUGAACGACAUGGCGGCGCUGGUCGUCACCUCCACCAAACACGGGCAGCUGCAGAUCUCCGACCAAGGUGCGAUGGACUUCUCCGGCAUGUCGCUGAUCAAGCUGAAGACGGAGGAGAUGGAAGCUCAGGUGAAGGUGCUGCAGCUGGAGAGCCAGCUGGAUCAGGGGCGCGUCCGACUGGGGGAGCUGAGGAAGAGGCACUACGAGCUGGACGCCUCCGGAGCCGGCAACGCAGCCGGGGACGCAGCCGGCGACGCAGCCGGCGACGCAGCCGGCAACGCAGCCGGCAACGCAGCCGGGGACGCAGAUGCAGACGAGGACUUCCCUCCGCCGCCGCCGCCCACCUUGCUGGACUCCACGCCGGAGCCUCAGACCUUCUCACAGAACCCCCAGAGCUACCCGUCGACCAAUCCCUUUGCACCGGCUCAGACCCAGUCUGACUACACCCCGACAAACACCUGCAGCCCGGCUCAAGUCUACACACCAUCACCGGCCUUCACCCCGACCCAGACCCAGACCUUUACCCCGGCUCAAACCUUCACCCCGGCCCAGACCUUCACCCCGACCCAGACCUUUACCCCGGCUCAAGUCUACACACCAUCACCGGCCUUCACCCCGACCCAGACCUUCACCCCGGCCCAGACCUUCACCCCGACCCAGACCAUCACCCCGGCUCAAACCUUCACCCCGACCCAGACCAUCACCCCGGCUCAAACCUUCACCCCGGCUCAAACCUUCACCCCGGCUCAAACCUUCACCCCGACCCAGACCUUUACUCCGGCUCAAGUCUACACACCAUCACCGGCCUUCACCCCGACCCAGACGUACCUAAAACCUCAGACCUCCUCCCCCAGCCUCUCCCGGUCUCAGUCUCCGACACCGACCAGCGCCGAGACCGCCAAGCCGGCCUCGAGGAAACCCAACAUCUUUACCAAAUCUGGAAACUUGCUGAAGAACGCGUUCAGACGAGGUGACGCUGGAACCGGGGAACCUUGAAGAAGAAGAAUCUGACAUAAAUAUAUACUUAUAUAACUUAAUCACUCAUCUGGCUCUGUAAAUAUGAAAUAUUUUAGGAGCUUAAAAUGACACACUUAUAGCUAAAUGUGCAAAUUGAAAACUAUUUUUGUUAUGUUUCUGAUUACGAGUUGAUU